CAUUUUGGAAGUGUUUCUUUCAGUGUUGUAUCGUUUAAGGUAACAAUGACUCUCUUAAGUAAAUUUGGGAGUAUACUUAGGCAGGCCACAAGUAUGCUGGUCAAUGCUCAGUUGUCCAUAUCAAAACCAGGCCUCUUUCAAGUGUUUAGAAGCAUGUCAACGUCGCCAAGCUCAAAACUUUUUGUUGGAGGUAUUUCUUACCAAACGGAUGAUCAAAGUCUGAGAGAAGCUUUUAGCAAAUACGGUGAAGUUAUUGAUGCAAGAGUAAUUGUGGAUCGAGAAACGGGUAGGUCAAGAGGGUUUGGCUUUGUCGGUUACACAAGUACUGAGGAUGCUUCCAGUGCAAUGCAGGCCUUGGAUGGACGGGAACUCCAUGGUCGUCAAGUAAAAGUAGCCUACGCAGCUGAGAGACCUCCUCGCAACUUUGGAGGUGGAGGUUUCAACAGCAGUUAUGGCGGCAGUGGAUAUGGUGGCGGCGGUGGAGACUAUGCCAGCAACAACGGUUUCUUUUCUGGAAAUUAUGGAGCUAAUGCUGGAUAUGGUAACACUGGUGGCGGUGGUAGUGGUUAUGGAGGCCAAGGAAAUUACGGUGGCGGUAAUAAUUAUGGCUCUGGUGGUGUUACAUAUGGAAGCAGUUUUGAUCAAUCUGGUAAUGGUUUUGUAACCGGUGCUUCAGCCGGACACGGAGGUGAUGGAAUGGGAUUUGCUGGUGGCGAAGACGGGUUCACAGUAGAAACAGGGGGAGAUCAUGAGGGAAAUGAUGCACUGACUGAGAACACAAGAAAUGAAGAGUUUGACUUUGCCAAGAGGGCAUGAAGUAAAAUGUUUGAACUUUGAGAUCCAACUUAGUUCUUUAAUGGAGUAUUUGUUUUGGUUUUAGUGUUCCGUUCUCUGAACUAGUUUUGUUUGUCAUUCUUAUGCGUUG